AUGUCCGGAGGUUUGGAUGCCCUUGCUAUGAAAGAAGAUGACGUGAUGAAGUUCCUGGCUUGUGGAACUCAUCUCGGCGCCACUAAUGUUGAUUUCCAAAUGGAACAAUAUGUCUACAAAAGGAAACCUGAUUGUACUUACAUUAUCAAUCUGCGUAAGACAUGGGAGAAACUAUUGUUGGCUGCUCGGGCUGUUGCUGCUAUUGAAAACCCUGCCGAUGUGUGUGUCAUCUCUGCCCGCCCAUAUGGACAAAGGGCUGUGCUGAAGUUUGCUUCAGCCACUGGAGCCACACCCAUUGCUGGUCGAUUCACUCCUGGUGCCUUCACCAAUCAGAUUCAGAAAGCUUUCCGGGAGCCCCGUCUAUUGGUUGUCACUGACCCAAGGACUGAUCACCAACCCGUAAAUGAAGCAUCCUAUGUUAACAUCCCUGUCAUUGCUCUGUGUAACACGGAUUCACCUCUUAAAUACAUUGACAUUGCCAUCCCAUGUAACAACAAGUCUAUCCAUUCCAUUGGUCUGAUGUGGUGGUUGCUUGCCCGUGAAGUACUUCGUCUUCGGGGUAAUAUCAGCCGUGAGCACCCCUGGGAUGUAAUGGUCGAUCUCUACUUCUACAGAGAUCCCGAAGAGGCUGAAAAGGAAGAACAGGCUGCCCUCGAGAAGGCUGCUGCUAAAGAAGAUGUCACUGAAACCUGGCCAACUGGUGCUGACCUGGGAACAGCUACAGCUGACGUGACUGACUGGGCCAGUGAGACUGUCCCCAGUGCUUCUGCUGUCCCUAUCACUUCUUAUGGUGCAGCCACAGAGGAUUGGUCAGUCCCCGAGGCUGAAUGGUCUGUCCCUGCUGCUAGUGGUGCUGGAGCCGCUGGUACCACCACCACCACCGUGGCAACUGCUGGAGCAACUGCUGCGGCUGCUGGGACCAUGGCUACUGAGUGGGGUGGAACUACAGCAGAGAACUGGAGUUAA